AUAGUGGCAACAGUCACAUAAUAUAAAAAAAAAGCAAUUACAAAAUAGAUAUAUAAUAAAUAUGUAGGCAUAAAAUGUUUUUUCUUUGAGAUGCUCUGAAAUGAGGUCUGGUUUCGGUGUAUAGUUUGGGGAUCUCUGUAUACAUGAAGUAAUUUCUGCCUGGUAUCUGGGGUUGAACCGCUGAAGCAGAGAGAGAGAGGGGGUAGGUGGAGCAAUUUCAUUUUAGCCCAGAACCUUUAGCUUGCCUUUGCCAGGAGGUUCAGACUUGGCUUUCAACAAGAUAAAGAGCCAAGCAUACUUCCAAAUGAACACCAAAAUGCUUCAAGAAACUCAAAAUCAGUGUUUUACGAUGAGCUUAAAAUGUCCUCCAUGGUGGCAUGGACCAGGACCCCUCGGUCUGCAGCAUUACAGGAAGAUUUCAGGUUAGACAUUAUGGGAAGAGUCUCGGUGCUGUUAUUGUCUCUGGGGCAGACAUCAGUUAACCCUGUGACCCCUUCCCUGGAGAGAACAGCAUUACAAUUCUGAAAACAGUUUUUGUAAAUAAUAAUUCACUACUUAAAACAUGUACCCGAGCUCCUGCUACGCAGUAACUAAAACUGUCUGCAACUCACGUGUUACUUCAUUCUUUAGUUCCUUCUCUUAAGUGUAGAGCCUCUGUCAGAUUGUGUGAUUGAUAAAGAAAAGCACAUAAAUGACAAAAUACCAGUUUGAGUGCCUAGUGGUCUAAUCAGGAAAUGCUCUUUGGAAGCUCAAUAUAUGCACUUAACCAUUUGCAUUUUGAUUUGGCUGCUAGUGCUGAGGAUGUCCUUAAGGUGAUGUGCUGCUUUUGGCAGAUUUAGUAAUUCUCUUUAGUCACAUGAGCACUAAUGGUUUUUCUAAAUUUUUAUGUUUAUUUUGGAUACAGGCAGAGGAAGCUCAGCGAAAGCUUAAGAGACAGAAUGGAGAGGACCCAGCCCUGCCUCCAUUCUGCCCAGGGUUUGCCAGCUUGGUAAACAUUCUGCAGUGUGACGUGCUGCUUGGCAUGCUGGGAGCUGUGCUGCAGUGGGCUAUGGAGCCCAGUGGAGGACACUGGUCUGAGUCCAUGCUGCAGAGGGUGCUGCACUUGAUAGGCAUGGCUCUGCUGGAGGAGCAGCAGCAGCUAGAGAACAUUGGGGAUGACGAUGAAGUUACUUUCAACUUCACCCUCAAAAUCUCCCGUCCCGGUGAAGCCCCCGGCAACACUCCAAGCAUCCUGGCUCUGUUAGAGACCUUGCAGUGCGCGCCUCACUUGGAAGUGCACAAAGACAUGAUUCGCUGGAUCCUUAAAAUGGUGGUUAGCAUUAAAACGAUGCGUGAGGGCACAGCUGCUGCACCUCCCUGUGAAGGAACAGGGCACUGUCACAAGGAGACUGUGUGGGACAAAGACAAAGCAGAGAGAAAAAGGAAAGUUGAACUGUGCUGGAAAAAGACCAUGGCUCAAACAUUAGAGAGCCAGAGUCAUUUUAUCAAUAAGUACAUAGAUCUGCUCACGCAGGAUUCAGAGGAUCUGGACACCUCAGCCUCUACAUCAGCAGAGCAUAGCCCCAGUUCAUGUGACGGUGCUCUGGUGUGUGUGGGACCUCGUCGUUGGCGUGCCAGAGGAGGAGAGAGGAGGCAGAUGGAGAUGUGUAUCCUGUGUCACGAAGCGCAGGAGAUCCUACCUGAUGGCACCGCCAUGGUGCUCGCUGCCUUUGUCCAACGCUCUACGGUCAUGUCCAAGAUCCGCAAAAGACCCCCUCACAAUCCAGAGAGCUAUGAUCCCCUCUUCAUGCACCCUGACCUGUCCUUUGGUACCCAUACCGGCAGCUGUGGCCACAUCAUGCACUCUCACUGCUGGCAGAGUGAGCUGAUCAUCGACACAAAGCAUGAAACAAAGCUUGUUAUGUGCACUUGA